AUGACUACUUUAAUAAUUUGGAACAUUUCCAAAGCACUGGAACUGAAUCCCUAUAUGGACCUAAAGGCAGCGAAGCAGCGUCUGGACAGUGAGGAGCGUGACCUCAGCACGAUGAGCUCGCAGCACCCGGAGCAACAGCAUCUGGUGUGCGCGUUGCUGGCAUGGCAGCAGCUCGGCCACGAGGACGCUGACAGCCUUUACAGAGACGCCUUGACCACUCCCUGUGCUGACACAUGUAUAGGAAAAUCAGACAAUCUCCAAAAACUGUUAGAUCCUGGAAAAAUACAUGAAUCGUUUAAGUCGACGAACGUUGCACGAGAUCCUACGGCUCCGCGGUGUCCUAGUGCUACGGUCCGUGGAAGUUUUGGGUCGCACACUACUGGACCAGUUGUCAAGUUACCAGUGGAGACGAAGCUCAUCAUGCGGAUAGACAACCAAGCACCACCGCAGCGGCCGCAAUCAUCUAAAUGUCCGAGAGCACCAGAAAAAGAGACAUUGAGUAAAAUUGAAGCAGCAUGUUGUUUGGAUACUGAAUGCGUGGAACGGCUAGCUGCACUCGACGCAGCUACGAACGAGUUGCGGUCUCGCGCCAAUAAGUUGGCACGACGAGAGGCUGAGAGAGUCGAGCUCUUGGAGCGCGCCGAAGCUGCCUGGAGAGAUCUAGAAAUAGGCUACCAGAGGCGACUUGCACUGGCCGAAGAAAAAGAAGAAGACCUUAAUAGACAAGUUUGUAUAAUACAAAGAUUAAUAGCAGAAAGGAACGAUUUCAAGGCGACGUGUAACAGUUUGGCUCUUGAUCUCAAAGACAGGGGUGAUAACGUAGAGAAGGCGCGGACAAAUCUUGUGAACUUGGAGAAACAAGUGUGUGAACGUGCGUACCUCAAGAUGCGCCUCAGCGAGGAGACGGCGAAGGGCGAAGCCAACGUGGCGGAGCAACAGUGCAAGGCGGCGCAGUACGAGCGAGACCUUCAGUUUAAAGAAGAUCAAGCUCGGCGCAAGUUGGCGUCCAUACAAAACGAGGCUGAUUCGGCGCGAGCGCUGACGUGUGAAGCGGAGAGAGCGAUGCGCGCGGAACUCAGCGGGCUGCGCGAGCAAAUAGCGCAGGUUUCUAAAGAGUUGCUCGAAGAAGACGAGCUCAAUGUACGGAUUAAGGAAGAGGUAAGCCACCAUGAAAUGUUACGUCGAGAGAAAAUGGAUAUAAUAGAAGACUUGGACGGAUGCAAGGUUAUGUGCGACGGUAGGAUGCAGGGUCGGGUCGACGAGCUGAUGAGGAAGAAAGAAAUGCUGAAUGGCGUGAAGGAACAAGUGCUGGAAUGCCGGUGCAAGCUGCCAGUUGACGCCUCGGUGGAAGCCAAGCGCACGCCCUCCCUGGCAGCUAUGUGCCGGUGUGCUCCUGAAGACAAACUGCUGGAAGCAUGUUCGUGCACGUCGUUGCGAGGCAAGCUACUUUCCAACCUCUUGGCAGACUUGUUUGGAGGGCUGCAGGCAGAGUUGGGUGGAUCGGGAUCACAAAUGCCUUGUCAAUUGCUCAAGUGCCUCGAAGACAAACACAACUGGGAUCGAGCUAGUGUUAUCAAGACCAAUUUAAGGAAUUUCUUUUCGAAAUUGUUAAUGGGUGAACUUGAUAUUGCUAUCGCAACUUCUAUAGAAAACUAUCAUGCAAAGUGGGUUGGAGCUUCAUGUGCUGAUGUAGCGAAGUUGACACCUGAUCCAGAUGAUGACCUCAAAGAGGGAUGGCAACAACGGGCACUAGAGAAACGUGCUCAAAAGAUGGCAACACAACUGGCCGAACAGCUGUUCCAGGAGCGAGCUGAACAACUCGCGCAGCGGGCUAAAGAAAUCGUAACAUCAGGCCCGCCGCCGUGUGAAUGUAAACCGCAGAUGUGCUGCGAUCGGGACACCCCGGCAGUGUUCCCGUGCCUGAUGCCACCAAACUCACCAUUUGGUGCUGGAUCGCUAUUCACCGGUCGGCAAUCGGGUGAUACGACGACACCAGCAAUUUGGAAGCGCACGAUUCAAGACGUUACGCAACUACGACAUCAAAUUGAAGAUCUUAAAAAGGUAAUAGAAAAUGAUGAUUCUAUUGAUAAAGACUUACAAGGUGAACAUACGAAAAAAAUAUCGAAAGUUAUUAAAAGAGACGAAUCACCGAAGAGUUUUAUUCAUAACCGGUUAACAAGUAAUAAAAAGAAGACCUUAGAUUUGCAAAAAAGGACUUCUAUUUACGAAAAACCGACUAAACAAAGUAAAAGACAAACUCACGGGCAGUCGUACGCUGUUAACCUGUGUUUGUGCGGAAUACAAAAAAACGGUAAAAGUUUACAGAGUCCUGUAACAAAUAGCGAAGGAAAAUCUUCAUGGAAGCAGAAACCUCUCAAAGAUAUUAUACCACAAAAUUCUGUAAUAAAACACACAAAGCCUAUCAAUAUAAAUGUAACAUCUCCUGAAGUGGACGACAACAGCAGCAAAGUAUCAGAACCCUGUAAUAGCAAUUGCAAAUGCUUUCAUAAACUGCCAUCAAAUACUUCGAUAGAUAAACUUUUAGAGACAUUAACUAAAUGGAAAUGUGACUUGGGUGAUCCUGCAGAAAAAUAUUUAAGAAAUAUUAAGAGUAGUUUUAGUAAAUAUUCAAAAACGGCAAUCAAAGAAUCAAUGCGAAUAAGCAAUCAAAAUGAUUCCAAAAUUAAUUUAUCAAUAUCUACUGAAAGCAAUAAAGAGGAAAUACACGAAAGCAAUAUUCAUAAAAAUAGUCAAAUUGAGACAGAUAAAAAACAGAAGUUAUUUAAACAACCAGCUGCAACAGAAUCUGAAUACAUGGGUGCUGUUUAUUUAGAUAAAAGUAAUGAAAACUUUUGUAAAUGCAUACCUAAUAUUAAUUAUAGUAAGGAGAACAAUAAAGACAAACACGAGAACGGUGACAAUAAUAGUACAUUUAAAUGUAUAAAUACAAACGCUUGUGAAUGUAAAAUAUAUCAACAAAUGCAAAAAGAUCACAAAAGGUCUCAGACAGAAGAAUUGUACAAAAUUGAAAUAAAAUCCAAUCACUGCCAAGUCAUAGAAACAAAAGAUAUUCCAGAUACUAACAAUCGAAGAUCAGAUAUUAAUAAUGUUACCCAAGAGACGGAAUUACUUCCCAGUAGCUGUGAGUAUUAUAUAAAAUUUUUGGGUGUUACUUUAGACGAUUUAAGUUCGGGUAACAAAACAAAAAAAAUGAUAAAUGAAUUUGAACAUCAUCCUGAAAACGUGCUCGUUACCGAAGACCAAAAUAUACACCACCAAAGAAGGCUUCCUAAGUCUGAAGCAUUGAAUUCGUUUACAAAACCUAAGUUGGCUAAUGGAAGAAAUGGAAAAAGCGAAAGUACUAAAUGUGAAUGUACUGCAAAAUUUGAAGAGUUCAAAAGUUUUAUGACUCAAUUUUUUAACAAUAAAUUAAAUGACAAUACACAUACGAACGAAUGUCUUGAUUCACCAAGUUUUAAAUAUACAGAGAACACAAUAGAGUCAUGUGUUUGCUGCAAUAGUGUUAAUGGAGAGGAUUCUGCAGAUUUAGAAGUCAAUGCUUUUCAUUUAUUAGAGGACCAUCUCAAGGGAAAGUUGGAAGAGUUUAAAUCAUUUUCUUGUAAGGCUACAUGCAUACCCCCAGAAGAAGAACAAAGGCUAUUUUCUGCAAUUCUCCAAAGAGUUAAACAAGUAAUUUCAGAUUGUGCUAAUGAAAUGAAAUGUACUUGCCCCGGAGAUCCACCUAGUAAUGGUAGUUGGAAUAGAGCCUAUGGGCUUCUACAAGAGUAUUUGAAGAUUAAAAUAAAACGUGUACAAUGUUUAUGUGUCUUAAAUGACAAAAAUAAAGAUGUUGUAUUACCAAAUAUUUUAGAGAAAGUAUGCAACUUAAUUGAAAGUGAUUUCCAGCGUUUAAAAGAUAUAUGUAAAUGUAAAAAUCCUACUGAGUUGCACAGAAAAUGUGUACAUAUUGAAGACGUAACAUUAAAUGCUAAAGAAUUACCCGAAAAGGACACGAAUAUUACUUAUAAUAAUGUUGAAGUUCAAAACUUUCCUACGAUAAGAAAAUUAUCAAAACAAAACUCAAACAACUCUAUGAUUAUAACGGAAAACAUAUCGUCUCAAGUACCUCCUAAUUUGGGAAUGGAAGCUAAAUCUUGUGACGUUAUAAAACCAGAUACUAGAAAUGCACAAACUACUGAAGCAGACAAUACUGUAAUAAACAGCAAAUCAAAUGGAGUUAUGUACAAUAAGUGCGAUUGCUGUGAGAUCACAGAUAAAGCCACAUUUCGCGAAUUCUCAGAUAUGUUUGGAAAUAAGGAAGUUUUAGUUAAUCUUUAUGCAGAUGACAUAAUUAGAAUGAAGGAGACGAAUCUCGAUACAGGAAUAACUAAUAGUGAUCAAAAGGAGUCUGAGAACCAUUUUGCUAAAGGAGAGAACAGUACAAAUCAUACACCAAGGAGAGAAAUAAAUGAACGUGAUGAGCAUAACUCUGUAGUGAACGAUCAGACUGGUCGAAUACCUUAUAUUGGUUACACGGUGGAUUGUAGUUGCGAUAAAACAUUAGGAUCUUGCGUCUGCAUGAAGUCAGUCGUUCAGGCUAAUAAUGAUAAUAUUGAUAAUCUUUGGAAAGGAUAUCUCGUUAACCAUGACAACCAUCAGAAAUAUUCGUACAUUAUGCACGGGAGUCCAAACGUAAAUAGUGAUGUCGUCGUUAACGGCCAUGCACACUCUGGCGAAAUGCUCGAUAAUAGUCCAAAAACAUCAUUACUAGAUGUUGAUACAUACACAUGUGAAUGUGAAAUAAAUGUGGAAAAUGAAGACGAUUUAGUUUUAAAAUAUUCUUUGGACAAUAAGAAUUCAACAAAUCAUAAUAAUGCAUUUGACGGGAGCAGUGUGGGCACGUCUUUGACAAAUAGUGAAACUCCAUUUGAAUGGUAUCAGUCCUCUAUACCAUUAAAUUCCGAAAGAGAGAAUGCUAUUAAGCUUGCCAAUUCUAUUUAUUUCCCAGAGCCACCUGUGGACACUUACAUGAAACCGCCUCUUGCUAACCUUGUUAUAGACAAAAAAACUGCCACCGCGGCCCAAAAUUGUGAAUGCGAUAAAGUCCCUAUUUGCCACGUUAAAAUGUUGGUCGAGAACAUAGAAAAGAAUUUAAUAGAAUCCAAGUGCACUUGUGAUUCUUUGAUUUCAAAAGUGUGUCCAGUGCAUUCCAAAAGGGUGUGCUAGAUCAAUUUCAGUUACCGCUGUAUGUACAAAGUAAAGAUUUAAUACAUAUUAUGUUCAAGAAUGCAUUUGAUACUGAUAGCACCGAACGUACAAUGUCUGCUUUUUUAUAUAUAUUUUAUGAUUGAUCUGUACUAAUGAAUAUAACAAUAUUUUACUGGUGCAUUUACCUGUGA